AUGGAACAAGCACUUGAAAGGGGCGGUCCUCCAAAGACAGUGAGAGUAAAGCUAGAGGACCAAAACGGCCAAGGGGACCAAAUGGAGUUAGACCCGAAGCCAUCAUCCGGACAGCCAGGAGAGCAGACGCCCCCCCGGUUACAGUCACUGCCGCUGCCAGAAACUGCAGGGCACGCCAAACCGUCAGGGACACGGUCUCUACCACUGCCACGGCAGCCCGGACAUCCACCAGGGACGGAACAGCCACGACAGUCAGAGUAUGGAGAAGAGGACGUGACACCGGAUCCCCGACUAUUGAAAGGAAAUCCCAAAACCAUAAAGGCGGAUAAGGAUCUUCGUGAUACUCAAGAUCUUGAAGCCGCGGAGGGAGGCCCACCCGAAUUCAAAUGGAAGAUCAAACCGGGCACAGUGAAGUUUCUAAUCCCUGACCUUUGGGAAUCCGGUAAAUAUAGAGUCACGUCCAAAGAUGAUGUUGCCCCGAAGCUGUGGAGGGAAUGGGAAUCCCGAGAGGACCUUCAGAAAUUCGAAUUCCUCCUUGCGCAUGGUGAGUCGGUAGUGAUGAAAUAUUCCGGACGCGAGAUCGGUGACGAAGGGUUGUAUCGCUUCCAUGUGGAAAAAAGAGCGAAAAACUACAUCAAAAAAGGUAAACCAGAGUCGAACUACUACUUUGGCUGGGUGAGUUUCAGAUGGACGUAUAACGAGCCAUGGGAACACUGUGUUCUAAACAUGACAAAUUUGAGGAAGCUAUUUCGUAGUGGGUAUCUGUUGGAGAAGCUUCUCCCAGAGGCCUACAAAAAGAAUGGGUGGUUGUAUCGGGACUUUCCCUUAUCCCAAAAACAGAAAGCCGAAUCCGCUAAGUUCGAAGAGGCUUUUGAAGCAGGACUGACGAGGGCACCAACUAUGGUGCUAGAGGCUGAAUUGAGAAGAAGGAGCAUGUCCACUGAAGCCCCCUCGCCAAGUGUCGAAGUGGAGGGCGGUGCUUUUCCUGUGCGGGCACGCUCCGGGUCCGCACGCGUCCAUUCUCCGUGGCCGACGAACACAGUCCGGGCGCGAACCACAACCCUAGCGAACACUCAAGGGCGGCGGGGCACCCCUCUUCCGGCAGUCUAUACAUCCCGGGAAGCCAGUGUAGUCCCUCUCCGCACUACGUUCCGUCAAGGCACUCCGGGACACGCGCCUACUAGUCACCUGUCCCGGGAACAUUCACUGAUUAAGGAUGGCUCGAGCUACGUACUCAGGGGCGGCACACCGUCCAGGCUUGACACCGUCGCCGUUAACCCUCCCGUCGUCGAGCAAGAGCUAGAGUCGAUAGAUGAGAGACUCGAACGCAUGGCGGGUGAAAUGGCACUCGUGCUUGAGGGGAAAAUACAAACGAUGCAAACGCAAAUACAAACGGAACUUUCGAAAUUGAGCGCUGCCCUUUCCGGUAUCUCUCUGAGCUCAGCAACGGGUGCGGUAGCCGCACACUAG